AUGGAUUAAGACCCUGAGCCUCCUAAAUCUAGACUUACUAAAUUCUUUGAAAGAGUUGACAAUUGGAUUGGACCAUCCAGACUUUAAUACAAACCUGCUUGUCAUGACUUAAAGGAAAUGAUUGUAGAAUGUGUAUUAGAGUCAGAUUGUAUGAAAAACAAUGAAGGAGAUUUUAGAUUCUGUUUAACUGAAGGAAUCAAUAAGGAAUGUAAAGCCAUAAGACAUGAUUGGUAUGUUUGCAGAAAAUCAUAAGUGGAUUGGAAUAAACAUCAUUUUAAAGACGAUCCUCGCUGA